CUCUCCAGAGGUGGAUUCCUGCUGGGCAGAGAGUAAAUGAUCUAUUAUUAAUCAAGUGUAAAUCUGGGGAUGGAUACGUUUGCGGGGCCUAGCAUUCCGAGUGUGGAGCUCGUGAAUGGGUUGAAAAUCCCAAUACUCGGUCUUGGCACAUCACAUCAUGGUGGCUAUUCCCAUUCUUCAGUUGUGUAUGCCCUAAAAGAAUGUGGCAUUCGUCACAUUGACACUGCAAAAAGAUAUGGCUGUGAAUCGCAUCUAAAGAAAGCAAUUGAAGAGAGCAGAAUAAAUCGAGAGGAAUUGUGGUUAACUACAAAACUUUGGCCUGGGGACUAUGGCUGUGAAACCACUAAAGCAGCAUGUCUGGAGUCCUGCAAAAGACUUGGUGUGGAUUACGUUGAUCUGUAUCUCAUGCACUGGCCUGAUGGAAAUGCCUUGGGCAAAACUAAUCGAGAACUCCGAGCUGAAACUUGGCAGGUAUUGGAAGAACUGUAUGAUGAAGGGAUAUGUCGAUCCAUUGGCGUGAGCAAUUUCCUCAUUUCUCAUUUAGAGCAGCUGAAGGAAGAUUGUGACAUCAUCCCACAUGUCAAUCAGGCUGAAUAUCAUCCUUUCCAACGGCCACAAGAACUAGUGGACUACUGCAGAAGACAUGGAAUAGUCUUUGAAGGGUACUGCCCACUUGCUAAAGGACAGGCUUUAUCACAUCCUGACAUCAUCAAAAUGUCAGAGAAAUAUAACUGCUCACCCUCUCAAAUCUGUAUCCGUUGGAGCAUACAAAAUGGAGUUGUCACCAUUCCGAAGUCUACCAAGAAAGAGAGGAUUUGGGAAAACUGUCAGGUAUUCCAGUUUUCUCUUACGGUGGAUGAUAUUGCUGUUCUAAAUGGAAUGCAUGAGGGCCUGCAUGUUUCCUGGGAUCCUUCAAAUAUCGAAUGAUGUCUUUGAUUUUUCACUCAACAAAGAAGACUUGAUAUUUAUGAACUCACUGAAGAAUACCAAAAAGCUGAUUACACUGAACUAUCCUUUAUGGAAGGAACAGAAACCUCAAUCAGAAGCAACUGUUGCCAAAAAGGAUCUUUCUCAGUAAAGUGAACAUGUCCAAUGAAAACUCAGAAAUGCGGUUUUUCUCUAUAUCUACAAUGAGUUGUAUAAGCUGACAUUUAUUGAGAAUUUUAUUUGUUUCAAUUAAAUGCCCCACUUGAUUAGUUAUAUAUUUACCAGGAAAAGAGCACUCCACGAAGGUUUCAUAAGAUUCACAUUUGGCCCUCUUCCAAAUAUCAAAUGAUUUCUACAUUUAAAUUUGAAGUUUGCAUUAAUCCAUAUCUUUUGCUUAACUAAUUAGCAUUGAGAGUUAAAGAUUAUUUAAUUCAGGCACUCGGUGCAGUAUACUGUCCACAUCACUUCAUCUUAAUUUCAUCUACUUGAUGCAAGUAAUAACCCAUGCUGAAAUGUACUUGUGCAAAUAGAGAACGGUUACUACAUUUAUCCCAAUAUAUGGAGUGGCAGUUGAGAAAUUAAAAGUGAGGAAAAAGACACAUGAUCAUUUUAAACUUAUGGUUAACCUGAAGCUCUGAGACAGCAAAGUCAGAUUCACAGGAAUAAUCUUCUGUGCACCAUCCUUCUUAUUUUGUAUUCAGAAAAUCAUCUUAUGCUGUUUCCCUUAGUUUUACUGCCUUUUUCGAUGCAUAAGAGCUGAACUAUGCAACAGGACAUAGAAUGUUUAAAUGUACCAAAAUCAACCUUGUUACUUCUUUAUAUUUUUUUCAUAGAAUUUCUGGAACUUGGCUCUGAGAGUAACUCCCUGAUAAUCAUUUAUUGUAACCAAGCACAUCAUGUCAAAAAUUAGAAAGCCUAUGACUAUAUCCUGGAAUAAGUACUUGAAUUGUAAAUUAUAUUAAAUUAAAAUGUUUACACGUACUUAAAUUUUAGAAUACUUGCAUCUGUAAUCAAAUCAGUUAUACUAAAUAUGUGGUGAAUACCUGAGUAUGUUGUCAAAGCCAUUGAGUGAUUCAAUAGACACCUUUUCAAAGUUACAAAUUUAUUGGGGAAUAGAAUGGGAGAAGUUUGCUUACAUUUUGAUGCCUUCGCUGGCUAUUGAAAAUCAUUAAAUAUCUUAACAAGUGCAUUCACACCAUUAAGUACAUCAUAAAAUAAAUGGGAAAAAAAAGAGGUUCCAAUUUUAAAAAC